CUCUCUCUCUCUCUCUCUCUUAUUCUGCAAUUCGUUUCCGUCAAAUUAUCGCCGGAAAAAUCAUACCACUCUAUCAUCAUCAUCAUCAUCGUCUCGUCGAGAUUCUCGUGAUUUUAUCGAUCUUCAUCGCAACACCGCCAUGAAUCCCGAAUAUGACUAUUUGUUUAAGCUUUUGCUUAUUGGAGAUUCCGGUGUUGGAAAAUCUUGUCUGCUUCUGAGGUUUGCUGAUGAUUCCUAUCUGGAUAGCUACAUCAGCACCAUUGGAGUUGACUUUAAAAUUCGCACCGUGGAACAGGAUGGGAAGACCAUUAAACUCCAAAUUUGGGACACUGCUGGUCAAGAACGUUUUAGGACAAUCACAAGCAGCUACUACCGUGGGGCUCAUGGCAUUAUUGUUGUUUAUGAUGUUACAGAUCAGGAGAGCUUCAACAAUGUUAAGCAAUGGUUGAAUGAAAUUGACCGCUAUGCAAGUGAAAAUGUGAACAAGCUUUUAGUUGGCAACAAGAGUGACCUCACAGCAAAUAAAGUUGUGUCUUAUGAGACAGCCAAGGCAUUUGCAGAUGAAAUUGGGAUCCCCUUUAUGGAAACAAGUGCAAAAAAUGCCACCAAUGUGGAACAGGCUUUCAUGGCCAUGGCUGCUGAAAUCAAGAAUAGGAUGGCAAGCCAACCCAUGAACAAUGCCAGGCCUCCAACAGUGCAGAUUCGGGGACAGCCUGUCAACCAGAAGUCUGGUUGCUGCUCUUCUUGAAGGGAAGAAGUAAUAGUGCUUUAUGAUGUUUAUCUGUGUCUUCCAUGGCAUGUAAAACUAGUCCUCUUCCUAAUGCUUUGAUAUGAAGAAUAUUUUGUUAAUUUUCUUUCCAGUGUCAGUUGUUCAGCACUUUGGUAAAGUCCAUUCUUUUGAAUGUAUUUGAUUUUAAAAACAUUUGUACAAAUUAGGAAUAUUGGAGAUUAGACUUAGUUGCCCUGUGCAACUUCUGUGCCCUCCAUCUUAUCUGAAGGCCCUACCUACCUGAGGGCCUUGAUGUUUAGUGUUUAUCUCCAGAAUUAUCUCAAUAUUAUUCAAUUGUUAUUCUUGGUAAUAAGAUAUAAAUCGUAUAUCCAGAUAA